AUGCCUGCAUCUGGCGAACCUGUGUACUGGCUGGGAAAUGAUACCCUGAGAGUGUCGGCUGCCCUGUUUGCAGAGAACCGCCGGCGCCUCUGCCAGGGACUGAAAGCCAAAUGUGAACUUGUGCCCAAAAGUGUGGUUGUUCUUCAAGGUGGAGAGCAGAAGCAGAGAUACUGCACAGACACGGAUGUGGUUUUCAGACAGGAGUCCUUCUUCCACUGGGCUUUUGGAGUCAUUGAGGCUGACUGCUAUGGAGCCAUCCACAUGGACUCAGGAAAGGCCUUCCUGUUUGUGCCCAAGCUGCCUGAAAGUUACGCUACAUGGAUGGGAGAGAUCUAUCCUCGGGAACACUUCAAGGAGAAAUAUGCUGUCGAUGAGGUGCAUUACACCUCUGAUGUAAGUAAAGUUGUGACAGCUCAGCAGUCCUCUAUGCUUUUAUCUUCUCGUGGACUGAAUACAGAUAGUGGCAGUACCUGUCGUGAAGCCUCCUUUGAAGGAAUCAGCCGGUACGUCUCAAAGACAUCAAUUAUUCAUCACUGCCAUUUAGUCUGCCUCUUUAAGAUCUUCUGUUUCAGCACUACCGCUAUGCGCCACAUCUCUUUUACUUGCAUCCGUGGAAGUGGACACAACUGCUCUGUCAUUUAUUAUGGCCACCCUGGAGCUCCUAAUGACAAGACAAUUGAAGAUGGAGACAUGGGUCUUUUUGACAUGGGUGGAAAAUAUUACUGCUACACCUCUUACAUCACCUGCUCUUUCCCAGCCAAUGGAAAAUUCAGGAUUGUACGUGUUGAAGAAAACAUUGUGGUGACAGCAGACGGUAUCGAACUGCUGACCUGCGUUCCCCGCACUGUGGAGGAGAUUGAAGCCUUCAUGCCUGAGGGUCGUGACUCUUCCAAGUCCUUCAGCCCUGUUGUCUGCAGCGAUACAUUCUGA